AUGAUGCAGGUAUCUCUCGAACGUCCUUGUAACAAUGCAAACGCCACAACAACAACCCAUCAUCAUUGUGCUUUAAUCAAUUCGCCAUCACUGAAUCAAUCACCACAACGGCUUGAAACCUCUCCUCCUCCUUCUCCUCAAGCAUUGGAAAUGAUCCAGUCGUCUUCACUUACAUCGGGUUGGAGUGGAUUCUAUGAAGUUUUACUUCACUGUUUACGUUCAUUGAGAAGAAUGAUGUUUAUUCUCAUCAGUAACAGUGGUAGUCACGAAACAGAGAAUCCCUCCACGACUACUACGAGUACUUUAUGCCAUGUGAAUCCGUUUUCUCUUGUUGUAUCAUCACCGUCACAGUCAUCAUCAUCACCUCAUGAAAAGUCCAUCCUUAUGAAAGAUCGUCCUCUCCCCUCUUCAACUUGUUGUUCGGAUCAUACCAUUGCUUUUAAAAUCCCAAGUAGAGCAACAAAACAAGAAGAAGAAUCUCCAAUCCACAUGCAAGUGGAAUCAUUGAGUUGUUGUGCACAACAUUCCAACUCUCAAAAUGAAUGGACAAGGAGCAGUGAAAGUUGCGACUUGCACACACCACGAACAACGUCGCCAAAGAUGCUUGAAACUCAAUCCUUGCCAUCAUCCAAUGCAUCACUUGGUUCGACGUCGUCAUCUCCUAUUUCAUCCUCUUUUUCUUCAUGUGAAGAUUUGCAUACUUUUCUUGAAUAUGGCAGAAGACAGAGUUUGUUUGAACCUGGGGAGUACGUUUCGGUCAUGACAGAAAUAUUAGAUACAGAGAAUUCCAAGAAACAGAAACAACAUUCGAAUGGUUUGCAACUGCAAUGA